AUGUUGCUAAUCCUAGAAAACAAUGACAAGUUGAGUGAUCCUGACCAAUAUGAUAGUUUGGUUCGAGCGGAAAUACCAUGUAAAGAAGCAGAACCACACUUACAUGAGGCAGUGCUAAGGCAUAUGGUCCAUGGUUCUUGCAAAACACUUAAUCAAUCUUCACCACGCAUGAAAAAUGGUCAAUGUAAACGCAACUAUCCAAAAGAGUUUGUAGCAGAGACACGACGAGGUGAUGACUCGUAUCCUCAAUAUUGGAGGCAAUUUGAUACUCCAAUCCCUAUAAACCAAAAUGUCACAAUUGAUUAUAGAUGGGUAGUUUCGUACAACCCUUGGCUACUACUGAAGUAUGAUUGCCAUAUCAAUGUAGAGAUAUGUAGCAGUAUCAAGAGUAUAAAGUAUCUAUACAAGUAUUGCUAUAAGGGACCAGAUUGUGUUGCAAUGGAGGUUCACAGAAGUUCUCAUUAUGAUGAGGUGAAACAGUUUAUUGAUGCAAGAUGGAUUGCUGCUCCAGAGGCAUGCUGGAGAAUAUUCAAAUUCAACCUUUACCGAAUGUACCCAUCAGUUGAAAGGUUGCAGGUUCGUUUGCCAAAUCAACAUCAAGUGAGCUUUUAUGAGCACCAAACUAUUUCUGAAAUAGUUAAUGAUGAAUAUUUUUCAAGAACAAUGCUCACUGAAUUCUUUGCACUUAAUCGGGUCGAUGACCAACAAUCUAGGCAUCUUUUGUAUAGGGAAAUCUCAGAAUAUUACAGUUGGCACAACAAGGAAAAAGAAUGGCGUCGACGCAGGUCACAAAAGAGGGCUAUCGGUCGGGUCUAUACUGUUUCACCAACAGAAGGAGAAAAAUUCUAUUUGUGUAUUCUAUUGUCAAAUGUAAGAGGACCAACUGGUUGGGAUGAUUUGCUAACGGUGAAUGGUGUCCAAUAUUCGUCCUUUAAGCAAUCCGCUCAGUAUCGAAGACUGUUAGAGAGUGAUAGCAGUAUAAGAUCAUGUUUGGUUGAGGCUUCCAUGUUAAGAAUACCAUGUGCUUUAAGAAGGUUGUUUGCCACGAUCUUAAUUUUUUGUGAGCCAACAGAUGUAAGAAGGUUGUGGGACGAGUUUCUUUCAUACAUGGUAGAUGAUUAUCCAUCAACAAGCACUACAGACAAAUCGUUUGCUUAG